AUGAGUUUAUUCUCCCCAUACGCCUACUCCGACCCCUCCGACCUGGACAACCUGGGGGUCGACUGGAUCAUUCGAUAUGACUUUGACGAUAUCGAUAUCUCCCAGGCAAUCGAGGAAUUCCGCACCCUCAUCCACGACCUCGAAGAGGCUCAUUGCCAAACCCAAGUCCGUCAUGGCUACGGCGCUUCCAUCUUAGUCUGUGUGCACGUCCCUCGCGAACACCUGGGAAACAUGGUCCAUAAGUCCCGCGUCAAGGACUGGCUAUAUGGAAUCGCACACGAACUCCCCAUCGGGGAUGAAUACACCGUCGUCGAAUCGGAGACCCCCGCAGAGGCUCUUCGCUCGGUCUAUCAUGCCGUGACGUGGGCAAAGUCGCUCGGUGGUGCGGGCAUCACCCCGGGACUGGGCAAAUGGGAGCGCGUCACCGCUUGCUUUCCCCUGCAUGAUCAACUCGAGAACGCACAAUUGCUGCGGAAAAUGAGUAAAAGCAUGGCCCUGACGGAGGAGGACCUCGAUACCGUCCGAGCUCUGUUUGGAGAGAAGGUCGCAUUCUACUAUGCAUUCUUCCAUUGCUACAACCGGUUCAUGGCCUUUGGAGCUCUCUGGGGUAUCGUCUCAUGGUACUUCUUCGGCCCCUACUCCAUCACCUGUGCUCUGGUCAACUGCUUCUGGCAUAUCGUCUUUGUCGAGUAUUGGAAAAUCCGCCAGACCGAUCUGAGCGUACGGUGGAACGUCAAAGGUGUUGGCGUCUUGAAGGUCAACCGCCCCGAGUACGUCUGGGACAAGGAGGUGCGCGACCCCAUCACCGGCGAAGUCGUGCAGGUGUUUUCCCCAUACCGCCAGGUCAUGCGCCAGCUGCUUCUUAUCCCAUUUGCUACGGUGGCCGCACUCGCCCUUGGGACGCUGAUUGUCGUGACCUUCGCGCUGGAGGUGUUCAUCUCCGAAGUGUAUACCGGUCCCUGGAAGAGCUACCUCGAGUUCUUCCCGACCGUCCUGUUCUCCCUCUCAUUACCCUCCAUCUCCAGCGUACUGACCACCAUUGCCACCCGCAUGACCAAGUAUGAGAACUAUCGCACCCAGGACCAGUAUGACGUAGCCCAAACCACCAAGACCUUCAUCAUGCACUUUAUCACCACCUUCUUGCCGACCAUCCUCACCGCGUUCGUAUACGUCCCAUUCGGGGCCCGUCUGAUGCCCUAUCUUCAGACCUUCACGGUCGGUCGUCUUGCCAAGUCCGUGGACAUGUCGCGGCUGCACAUCGAUCCGUCUCGCCUCCAGCAAGAGAUCAUCUACCUGUCCAUCACCGGACAGGUGAUGAACUUUGGAGAAGAAGUCGUCCUGCCGUAUGUGAAGCGGGUGCUGCGUCAGAAGUGGCGCGACUAUCGCGAGAAGAAAACCCGGAAUCGCACGCGGCAUUACUCCAUCCGUACUGACCAGUUGCUCGUGGACACCCCUGAGGAGGCCUCCUUCCUCACCCGCAUCCGCAAUGAGGCCGAGGGCGACGAGUAUAACGUGCACGACGACAUCAUCGAGAUGUGCGAGCAGUAUGGGUACAUGGCGUUGUUUGGGGUCGCGUGGCCCCUCAUGUCGGUGGGAUUCCUGAUCAACAACUGGUUCGAGGUGCGCGGCGAUUUCUUCAAACUGAGCAUCGAGUGUCAGCGCCCGCCGCCCAUCCGGUCUGACUCCAUCGGACCGUCGCUUCAGGGCCUGCAACUUCUCACCUGGAUGGGCGUGCUGUCCACCUCGGCGAUCGUCUACCUGUACCGGAAGGGAAUGGAGGACAUCCAACUGUCGUCGUUGCUGAUGACCAUGCUCGCGGCCGAAUGGGCCUAUCUCGCCGUCCGCUUCGCCGUCCACCAUGGGCUGCAGAAGAUUGCCAUCCCCAUGCUCCGCCGCGAGUCCGCGAAGCGGUACGCCGUCCGGAAGAGCUACCUCGAAACCCUCACGGGCAGUCUGUCCCCGAAGGGUAAGCGACGCGUGCGGUUCCAGGACCGCGUGAACGUGUACAGUUCGUCAUCUGACUCGGAAUCGGAGGAGUUCCUCCACGAGAGUAAAGACGGGUCGCCGCGGGAACAGGCGUUCUGGUCGCGGCCGCAGUGCGAAUCAGUGGACGCGGGCGUCCGGCUGAUCAAGGCUCUGAGCACGUCAAAACAUGCGAGGGUCGAGAAGAAGGAGAAGGCGUCGUAG